UAUUACUUCAUCCCCAUACACAUAGGAGAAGAUCGUGCCUCGAAGAAUGAAAGCAAUACCCCGAAGUCUACUCUUAUUGUUUGUGUAAAAGAGAAAAUCGUGUAUUGUAAAAAACUGGAGAACUGAAAACUUAGAUAUCCAGCCAAGAUGUCGUCCCGACCAGAGUUAAAGGUCGAUGAUGAACAUGGCUUCAUCCGAUUCUUCAAGUCAUUGCCAUCCGUAGGCGACGAGACCGUCCGGAUCUUCGACCGAGGUGAUUGGUACACGGCUCACGGUGAAAAUGCCAACUUCAUCGCAAGAACAGUCUACAAAACCACUUCUGUAGUGCGACAACUAGGACGAAAUGAUGCUAGCGGCUUACCCUCCGUUACCAUGACUGUCACCGUCUUCCGACAAUUCUUACGAGAAGCUCUCUUCAAGCUCGGAAAGCGAGUCGAAAUAUACGCCAGCAGUGGUGGCCGCAUGAACUGGAAGGUUAUCAAGCAAGCCUCUCCCGGAAAUUUGCAGGAUGUUGAGGAAGAGCUCGGCGGCCAGUUUGAAUCAGCGCCUAUGAUACUAGCCGUCAAGAUUUCUGCUAAGGCAUCCGAAGCCAGAAGUGUGGGCGUCUGUUUUGCCGAUGCUAGCGUAAGAGAACUCGGUGUUAGCGAGUUUCUUGACAACGACCUAUAUUCCAACUUCGAGGCUCUCCUCAUCCAGCUCGGCGUCAAGGAGUGCCUUAUCCAGUUUGAUAAGGGUGAGAAGGACAAAGACCCCGAAUUAUCCAAGUUGAAACAGAUCAUCGACAACUGCGGAGUCGCUAUAGCCGAAAGACCAGCUGGUGAUUUUGGAACCAAGGAUAUCGAGCAGGAUCUUGCUCGGCUACUUAAAGAUGAACGAUCGGCUACUCUUCUCCCCCAAACAGAUCUCAAAUUAGCCAUGGGUUCCGCAGCAGCGUUGAUAAAGUAUUUGAGCGUCCUUCAAGAUCCGUCUAACUUCGGUCAGUAUCAACUGUAUCAACAUGAUUUAUCCCAGUUCAUGAAGCUUGAUGCCGCCGCACUGAAGGCUCUUAACUUAAUGCCAGGUGCGAGAGACGGCUCGAAGACGAUGAGCCUGUACGGACUUCUCAAUCAUUGCAGAACGCCGGUCGGCAGCCGGUUACUGUCUCAGUGGUUGAAGCAACCUCUCAUGAACAAGGAUGAGAUUGAGAAGCGCCAACAGUUGGUUGAGGCUUUCGUCAAUGAUACGGAGUUGCGUCAGACUAUGCAAGAAGAACACUUGAAGUCCGUACCAGAUCUAUAUCGCCUAGCGAAGCGAUUUCAGCGAAAUAAGGCAAAUCUAGAAGACGUUGUCAGAGCAUACCAGGUGGUUAUUCGCUUGCCUGGAUUCCUGGGAACGUUAGAGGGAGUGAUGGACGAGAAGUACAAGGAUCCGUUGGACGAGGCAUAUACCAAUAAGCUAAGAGAGCUCUCAGACAGUCUCGGGAAGCUUGCAGAUAUGGUUGAGACAACAGUGGAUCUUGACGCUCUCGAUAACCACGAAUAUAUUAUCAAGCCUGAGUUUGAUGAUAACCUACGCAUUGUACGAAGAAAGCUCGACAAGCUUAGGUCUAAUAUGGACUCGGAGUUUAGGAAAGCGGCGGACGAUCUGAACCAAGAAGAGAACAAGAAGAUAUUCCUUGAGAACCACAAAGUUCACGGUUGGUGUAUGCGGUUGACAAGAACAGAGGCUGGCUGCAUCCGCAACAACUCCCAAUAUCAGGAGUGUUCGACACAAAAGAACGGUGUAUACUUCACUACAAGAACACUACAAUCCUACCGCCGGGAGUUCGACCAGUUAUCCCAGACUUACGAUAGGACUCAAAGUGGCUUGGUCAACGAGGUCGUAAGUGUUGCGGCCUCUUAUUGCCCAGUCCUUGAACAACUUGCCGGCAUAUUAGCACACCUCGAUGUCAUCGUGUCGUUCGCGCACUGCUCAGUACACGCGCCUACUUCCUACGUCCGUCCUACCAUCCACCCCCGAGGGGAGGGGUCUACGAUCCUAAAGGAAGCCCGUCAUCCGUGCAUGGAAAUGCAAGAUGACGUCCAGUUCAUCACCAACGAUGUCGAACUCCGCCGCGACGAAUCAUCCUUCCUCAUUAUCACAGGUCCCAACAUGGGUGGUAAAUCGACAUAUAUUCGACAAAUCGGUGUAAUCGCGCUGAUGGCGCAGAUCGGGUGUUUCGUACCCUGCUCCGAAGCCGAGCUCACCAUCUUCGACUCCAUACUCGCGCGUGUCGGAGCUAGCGACUCCCAGCUCAAGGGCGUCUCGACCUUCAUGGCCGAGAUGUUGGAGACGGCCAACAUCCUCAAGUCAGCGACGGCCGAGUCCCUCAUCAUCAUCGACGAGCUGGGCCGCGGCACGUCGACGUACGACGGGUUCGGCCUCGCGUGGGCCAUCUCCGAGCACAUCGUCAAGGAGAUCGGCUGCUUCGCCAUGUUCGCCACGCACUUCCACGAGCUGACGGCGCUCGCGGACAACCACGCCCAGGUCCGCAACCUGCACGUGACGGCGCACAUCUCGAUGUCGUCGUCGUCGUCGUCGUCGGCCCAGAACGAGGGCGUCGACAAGCGCGAGGUCACGCUGCUGUACAAGGUGGAGCCCGGCAUCUGCGACCAGAGCUUCGGCAUCCACGUCGCCGAGCUCGUGCGCUUCCCGGACAAGGUGGUGCGGAUGGCGAAGCGCAAGGCGGACGAGCUCGAGGACUUCACGGCCAAGCACGAGGUCGGCGCCCAGCAGUACGGCAAGGAAGACGUCGAGGAGGGCAGCGCGCGGCUCAAGGAGGUCCUGGUUAAGUGGAAGGACGAGGUCAAGGGCGGGAGCAUGUCCAAGGAGGAGAUGGUGGACCGGCUGAGGGAGCUGGUUAAGGGCGACGAGAGGUUGCUUGCGAACCCGUUUUUUACGGCUGUUAAGGCGCUGUGAGAUGGAUGGUUAUGGUAUGGUGCUUGAGGAUAUGACACUGGGCUUGAUAAGGUAUAUAAUUGAUGGGAGGACGAAAAAAGGAUUGUAACUAUAUAAUCGUGAUGGCUCGGCUCGGCUCGACUUGACUUGCUCGGCGUCUGGAAUCAUGGGGAUCACUACUAGAUUGGCUUAUUGAGCUGCGCUGCUAUUUGCUGGCAUGCUUUGAUUGUAUGGCAGGCUUUGCUUAAAAAGAAAGAUACCUAAUGACCAGCUUGUUGCUUCAC